AUACCCUAGAGCAGAAAUGACGUCAUUUGAGUCUCCCUCCUCCUCUGCACUCUGAGCUCAGUUGAACUUGAAGCAUCAACAACUACAAGUCGUUUCUCUGUGGAAUUGGUCUGAGAAGGAGAAAGAGAGAGAGGAUGGCUACGGCAUCAUCAUCGUCGUCGUCUGGGAUGGUAACAGAGCGGAGAGGAAUACCAGGAGCUCAGUUUGUAGAGGACGUGCAGACCUAUCUCACUCAGGCAGGCCUCGACGUUAACUCUGCCCUUGCCUUUCUCCAAGAAAGACUUCAGCAAUACAAAUUGGUUGAAAUGAAGCUUCAAGCUCAACAAAGGGAUCUUCAGGCAAAGAUCCCCGAUAUUGAGAAGUGCUUAGAUGUUGUUGCUACUUUGCAAGCUAAGAAGGGUACUGGUGAGGCACUUAUUACAGAUUUUGAGGUAUCUGAAGGGAUAUAUUCGCGAGCUAGCAUUGAGGAUACUGAUUCAGUGUGUUUAUGGCUGGGAGCGAAUGUCAUGUUGGAGUAUUCUUGUGAAGAGGCCACUGGUCUUCUACGAAGAAAUCUAGAUAAUGCUAAAGCCAGUUUAGAAGUUCUUCUUGCUGAUCUGCAGUUCUUGAGGGAUCAAGUGACAAUAACCCAGGUAACUAUUGCUCGGGUGUACAACUGGGAUGUUCAUCAGCGCAGACUUCGACAAGCUUCCCCUAAAGACUCAUGAAUUGAAUUUUCACUACCACCCAGUUCGGAGUAUGGUUCAAUUCUGAAUUCUCUCACGACUGAAUUGAUCGUCAUCCUUUUGUUUGCAAGAAUUGUAUGUGCUCUCUUCAAAUUCGUGCUUCCAGUUCCGUAGUCUGUUUUGUCGGAGAACAUGUAUUGUGGUAGAAAAUGUUAUAUUAUUAGAGGACCAUUUUUGGUACGUCAAUUAUUUCAGCUUAUCCUGUAACGUGUGGUCUGACUCCAAUUUAGGUUGAUGGGCGUGUUUUGCUGUGUAGUAGAUUGGUAUUGAAUUUUCUUGUUUAAGGCUAA